AUGCCAAAGUUGGUCCUUGUGACAGGCGGUUCGGUUGCAAAGCUGCUUUUGCAGCAUCCAGAUCAAUAUACCGUGCGAUGCCUCACUCGUAACCUCGAGUCUAAAGCCGCUCGCGCCCUUGCCGACUCGGGUGCUCAACUGGUUCAAGGCAACCUCACGGACCCGUCAACCCUUCCUGCGGCGGUCAAGGGAUGUUGGGCAGUGUUUGCGGUCACCAACUUUUACGAUGCAGCCAUCAUUGAUGAUCCCAUGAGCGAGGAACAGCAGGGUCGCAAUCUCGCAAAGGCUGCCCAUGAUGCUGGCACGGUGGAAUGCUUCAUCUGGAGUACCAUGCCCAGCUCCCACGCGUUGUCCGGCGGCAAGUUUUUCACCCGACUUUACGAAGGCAAGCAUCUCGUUGACGGCUACAUUCGCGAACUCGGUCUACAUGGGACCUUUCUGUACACGGGCAACUUCUACGAAAACAUGGUGCUGAGAGGACAUAUGUCCUACAAUAAAGAGACGGACACUAUCAUAUUCAAACAACCUAUUAUUGAGCCGGACGCCGAGCUCACGAUGCUGUAUGUGGAGAAAGAUCUCUCUGCGAUCGUCAAGGCAAUUUUGGAUCAGUGGGAGGAAAGGAAGGCCGAGUUGGAUGGCGCCUACCUGCAGGCCAGCAAUGCAAGGGUCAGGCCAAAAGACAUUGUGGCAGCGGCCAAGAAAGGUAGGCUUUUCCAUCUCCAAAAGAAUGUUGCGGUGGCUAAUUUCAUCGUGGAGUCUCCGGCAAGAACGUCGAAUACGUAG